AUUUCGUGGUGUGCUUUGGAACCCUUCGUUGGCCGUCGAAGUUCUAGCUACGCUUUAUUCAUCGGCACCCUCAUCUGGCGCUCUUCCUCUUCAAAUCGAUAUUUUCCUCCUUUCUUCUAUUCAUUAAGCACUGUCAUCACCUCUACUGGAGCCAAAUCCGGUUCUGCCUGACCCAACAACCGCUUUUUCUUCCGCAUCUGCAGCACUUUCCGGGAUCGCAGUUCGCAGGCGGCCUAAAAAAUGGGAUUUGGAGCUCUAAGAAGCGUAAGUCGUUCGCUCUCAAGAACCCUAUUAUCCCGUAACUCCACUUCCCCUACAACAUCUCUUUUUCCACCUUCUCCAUCUCCAAAACUCGACUUCUGUUUCGCCCUCCGUCAGUCUCCAUGGUUCCAGAUUUCGAGUCAUUUCAGCGUCUUCUCUGAGUCGAACCAUUUCGAUGGAUUAACUGACUCUCGCUUUCCAAAGCGAAGGCCUCAGGAUAAGCCUCGUCGAAAAAGGGCCAGCUUGAGACCUCCUGGGCCGUAUGCUUGGGUUAAGCAUGUACCAGGCCAACCUAUUCAACCCAGUAAUCCUAAUGAAGGAAGUGUCAAGAGAAGGAAUGAGAAGAAGCGCAUAAAGCAACACAGGGCCUUUAUAAAGUCGGAGGCAAAAAAGCGGAAAGCUCAGUUACAGGAGGCUAAAAGGAAGAAAAUUAUCAAGAGAGUAGAGCGUAAGAUGGCUGCAGUGGCAAGGGAGAGAGCGUGGGCCCAAAGACUGGCAGAGCUGCAGCAGCUCAAGGAAGAGAAGAAAAAAUCAAUGGCGUAGUUAUUUUUUUUUACUAGAUCUCUCUUUUCCCAUUUUUAGUUGAAUGCUAAACCUUGCUUUUGUACGUUUCUCGUAUGUUGUUCUUUCUUGACUGUUGAUUGGGUUAACCGGUAGUGAUCUCGAUAGCAUUUGGUCUUGAAGGAAUUUGAUUGUGUUUCGUUGUUCACAAAAGUUUUGAACUGUCGGGAGUGCAGGAUUAGGAAAAGACAUUAUUCAUUGAUGCAGGUGCAGUGGGUGGGUUUUAACUAGUUCCCUUCCCCAUUCACCUCGCCUUCACUCUUUUCCUGAAGACUAGAUAUGUUGCUUGCUGUAUUUUCUGGGGAAAGUGAGAAUUUCUGUUAUGACUUUUAUCAUUCGUGCUAUGCAGAUAGCGCAUCUAAGGAAAAACAAUUAAAUCAUUUAAAUAAUUUUAUUGGAUGUCAUCUUGAUCUGA